UACUACCCCACAUUUUGCAAAGCAACCCUGUGUGGGAUGGGAUCCUCUGGUGGCCAGCUUGUGGCCCGAGGGCCCCAUGUUGGACACUUUUGAUUUCCAAUACAAAGCUAGUAUACUACUGUGGCUGUCUGCAUGUUAACUUUGAUCCAUGCCAUGUCUCCUAUCCAAAAAUGACGGUGACGCUGAAGUUAAGUAGUUGGAGCAGAGGAAGGGGGGAAAGCGAUAACGAGAGGGGCAGGAAGCUGAAUCCCGUCUCCAGCAGUUAGCAGCAGCUUCCCUGGCUCCACGGCGACGGCACAACCGGCAGCAGAUUUAAAAAAUGUCCGAGGAAGGACCGAACAUGUUGACAGGGAGGAAGACGGCGUUAAGUGAAAACAUGCUCUUUGGGAUGGGAAAUCCCUUGCUCGACAUUUCAGCUGUUGUGGACAAAGAUUUCCUUGACAAGUUUGGACUGAAGCCGAAUGACCAGAUCCUCGCAGAAGACAGACACAAAGCCUUGUUUGAAGAAAUUGUCAAGAGGAACAAAGUUGAGUACCAUGCCGGUGGUUCUACCCAGAACUCGGUCAAAAUUGCUCAGUGGAUGCUCCAGAAGCCCCAUAAGGUGGCUACCUUCUUCGGGUGCAUCGGGAAAGACCGCUUUGGCGAGAUCCUAAAGAAGAAGGCCGAAGAAGCCCAUGUCGAUGCCCAUUACUAUGAGCAAAACGAGGAGCCGACUGGUACCUGUGCAGCCUGUAUCACGGGAGACAAUAGGUCCCUUGUUGCUAACCUGGCAGCGGCAAACUGCUACAAAAAGGAAAAACACCUGGACCUGGACAGCAACUGGGAGCUGGUGAAGAAAGCCAAGGUCUAUUAUAUUGCGGGUUUUUUCCUCACUGUGUCCCCGGAGUCGAUCGUCAAGGUGGCAAGACACGCUUCCGAUAAGAACAAAAUUUUUUGCAUGAACCUCUCGGCACCAUUCAUCAGCCAAUUCUUUAAAGAGCCCUUGAUGAAGGUUAUGCCUUAUGUCGACAUCUUGUUCGGCAACGAGACGGAGGCGGCCACGUUUGCCAAAGAGCUGGGCUUUGAGACAGACGACAUCGCAGAGAUUGCAAAGAAAACCCAAAACCUCCCCAAGGAGAACACGAAGAGGCAGCGAGUGGUGGUCUUCACCCAGGGCAAGGACGACACCGUCGCAACUGUCGAGCAUAAAAGAAGCGUGGGGGAUGCAGAGAGCAGGCAUUGAUUUGUGAAGUACUUCUAACUUUGUCUUGGACAGACUCCAGGCCAGUCCUCAGCAAUUUUUAAUGCUUCAACUCUUACAUCCUGCCCUAUUUUUCUUUCCUUUUUUUUGCAAAACGCUGGCAGAGUGACCUUGGGGAGCGGUUGACAGAGCUGCCCCUCAAAUCAAUCCAGUUUCCUUUGAUACGGGGCAUAUUUGUUAACAGGACAUUAAAUGGCAGUGUCAUCAUAACUGAGCAGGGGUUGCAGGUUUAAGCAGCGUGAGGAGAGACGAUAGUUUCCGAUUACUGCUGGAAGCCUUUACCUUUGUUUGGAGCCACGGGGCGUCUCUCCUCAUUGCCCUUGCAGUUCAGUUCCGACUAGUCGUGCAUGGGGAGAGAUAGCCUCAGGUAAAGACUCCAUCAUAUCACUCAUCGCUGGGGACUGCGGAGAGGCAGUGCAACAGCAAGAGUGUUAGCGCUGCAGGACAGUGUCCUCACAUGUGUCCAGCGUUCUCAAUUUCAUCCUGCUGGAAAGAGUAUUUAUAAGCUGACGUUCGGUUUAAUUUACUGGUGCCUUUAUUUCCAUCUAUAAACCAUGCUGCCUUUUUGUCCAGAUUCUCAAAAGACUAUGAUGGUUUGAUAAAGAAUAAAGCAGCUGUAAUGUAAAUUUUUGUGUUAACAGUGCAUAAAUCAGCUAUGUUUAAC